GUGUAGGACGCGUGAACAGCAGUACACCGAUUACAUGUCGGCAGUGUUCGAAUUGGUUCGAUUAGCACGCGUGCAUCCUCGUCCGUGCCAAUCCUGAUGUUCCUGUUGCUCCUGAACACUUGUCGUUAGUGAUUCCGUCUCGGAGCAGAGUGUCGUUAGCUGAAUAUCGAUACUGGUAGUGGGCAGCUUGAUUGGUGAGGCAGUGCUUUUGGCGCGUGCGGCCAACGAUUUGCGCAUCUUCGGUAGCGGCUGCGCGGCGGUGACCACAAUCCCGCCCGUCUUGAACUUGCUCGGGUGCUUCACCACGGGUGACGGGGCAGCCGAGUUUGCCGAGGGCCCGUGGGUGCCCGUGCCGUUGACGCCAUUCGGCGUGCCGUUAGCGUUGGUGAUCCCGCCGGUCGACAGGGCGGUCGUGGACGGAACGCUAAGCAACGCCUUCCGCGGCGAGCCGAUCGUCGAGAGCGAGCUGGUGGCCAGCAGCCGCCGAGACUGACCGACGCGCGCGCUCCGUGACAGCUUAAAACAUCCGAGUGCUGCCGGUUUCACGCAUCCACACAGGCUGCAGACGAAGCGGGCCCGGCGCACGAUGGGACACACCGUGCGGGUGGCCGUCGCCACCCUCAACCAGUGGGCCAUGGACUUCCAGGGUAACCUCGAGCGCAUCCUGCGUUCCAUCGAAAUCGCCGUCGCGGGCGGCGCCACCUACCGCACCGGACCGGAGCUGGAAGUAAGUGGGUACAGCUGCGAGGACCACUUCCACGAGCCGGACACGUACCUGCACUGCUGGGAGGUGCUGCUGGAGCUGAUGCGGGCGCCGGCCGCGCAGAACAUGCUGAUCGACGUCGGGAUGCCGGUGCAGCACCGGAACGUGGCGUACAACUGCCGGGUGGCGUUCUACAACGAGCGUAUCGUGCUGGUGCGCCCGAAGAUGAUUAUGUGCGACGAUGGCAACUACCGGGAGACGCGCUGGUUCUCGCCCUGGACGAAGGAGCGCCAGACGGAGGAGCUGCAGCUGCCGCGCUUCGUGGCGCUGGCGCUCGGCCAGGAGACGGUCCCGAUCGGUGACGCGGUGAUCGCGACACGGGACACCUGCCUCGGCUACGAGAUCUGCGAGGAGCUGUGGAACCCGCGCAGCAAGCACAUCGACAUGUCGCUCGCCGGCGUCGAGAUCAUCGUGAACGGUUCGGGCAGCUAUAUGCAGCUGCGCAAGGCGCACAUCACCACCGACCUGAUCCGGAACGCCAGCUACAAGGCGGGCGGGGCGUACCUGUUCUCCAACCUGCGCGGUUGCGACGGCCAGCGCGUUUACUUCAACGGCUGCUCGGCGGUCGCACUGAACGGACAGGUCGUGGCCCGCGGCCGCCAGUUCGCCCUCGGCGAGGUCGAGGUGACGGUGGCCGCCUUCGACCUUCAGGACAUCCGCGCCUACCGGGGAGCGCUCCGUUCGCGCAGCUCCCUCGCCGCCUCCACCCCGACGUAUCCGCGCAUCCAGCUGCCGAUCGAGCUGGCCGGACUGGCGGCUAACUGGCACACGACCCCCGCCGGCGAACCUCAGGCCACCACAACCCAGGGCGGCGAAUGGAGCUACCAUAGGCCGGAGGAGGAGAUAGCGCUCGGACCGGCCUGCUGGCUGUGGGACUACCUGCGGCGGUCGGGGCAGGGGGGCUUCUUCCUGCCACUAAGCGGUGGCGUCGACUCCAGCAGCACCGCCAUCAUCGUGUACUCGAUGUGCCGACUGGUGGUGGAGGCGGUCGCGGGUGGCGACCGACAGGUGCGCGACGACUGCCGCAAGAUCCUCGCCGACCCGGACUACCUCCCCACCGACGCCGGCGACCUGUGCGGCCGGCUGCUCUUCACCUGCUACAUGGGCACGGAGAACUCGAGCCAGGAGACGCGCCGCCGGGCGUCGACGCUGGCGGCGCAGAUCCGCAGCCACCAUCUGGACAUCGGCAUCGAUACGGCCGUGUCGGCGCUGCUCGGCGUGUUCCGGCUGGCGACGGGCCAGACGCCGCGCUUCCGCACCGACGGUGGCUGCCCGCGCCAGAACCUCGCCCUGCAGAACAUCCAGGCCCGGACGCGCAUGGUGCUGGCGUACCUGUUCGCGCAGCUGAUGCUGUGGGUGCGGGGCCGCCCCGGCGGCCUGCUCGUGCUCGGCUCGGCCAACGUCGACGAGGCGCUGCGCGGCUACAUGACCAAGUACGACUGCUCGUCCGCCGACGUCAACCCGAUCGGCGGCAUCUCGAAGGUGGACCUGCGCCGCUUCCUAGCCUACGCCCAGCGCGAGUUCUCGCUGCCGGUCGUGGCCGAGAUCGUACAGGCGCCCCCGACGGCCGAGCUGGAGCCGCUCGUGGACGGUGCGAUCGCACAAACCGACGAGCAGGACAUGGGCCUCACGUACGCCGAGCUCGGCGAGUUCGGGCGCCUCCGCAAGCAGGCGUUCUGCGGCCCGUUCAGCAUGUUCUGCAAGCUGGCGGCGGCCGGUGGCCGCGACCCGGCCGAGAUCGCCGACAAGGUGAAGCACUUCUUCCGCUGCUACGCCAUCAACCGCCACAAGAUGACCGUGCUGACGCCCUCCUACCACGCCGAAUCGUACAGCCCGGACGACAACCGCUUCGACCAUCGCCCGUUCCUGUACCGCGCCAACUGGACCUGGCAGUUCCGCGCGAUCGACGCCGAGCUCGAGCAGCUAGCCCGCCACCACCACCUCCACCACACGCCACCGAAUGGCAGCACCGCCGUGCCGCCCCCAUUGCCGCCACCAAGCCGGCCGGCGGACGAGCACGACUCGUCGCCGCACGACCCUUCACCGACCACCGGCACCGGUGACCACCACGGGACGCUCUUCUUCGCCGGACCGCACACCGGGAGCGCCAACAACACAACCACCACCACGAUGAGCGGCGCGGCCAGCGCACACCACCUCUACCUACCCGGUGACGGCCAGCUCACGGUGGCGGCCGGCCUCCCCAAGUCCCAGAGCAGCGGCGGCUACAGCCGGAUGCACUCGAGCGUGAUGGGCAAAAUCAAGGACCGCACCGGCGUCCCGGUCUAAGCACACACACACAUCCACACCGACAACAUGCAACCAGACACCAGACGGCCAUCAGGCCAGGCCGGAAGGGACGACGGCGACGGGAAGGACCACAGGCUUACUAGGCUGUAUUCAUUGAAAUUGUCCGGAAAAACACAUUCCUUUGCGUAGGAACUUCCAAAUAACGGUUUAUAACUGAUUUACACGUUAAAAGCGGACGUUAGCAAGUUGAAAGUAUAAAAGUUAAGUUGUAUACAGCUUCAGAGUCGGAUCAAUCCAUUCCGGGGAUCCUCCAGACAUUUCCAUUGCUCUAAACACGUUGACUGUCAUGGCUAUCUUUUUUUUAUAGGCAGCUGUCAUUAGUUGUAAAAAGUGUUUGUCCCAUAAAAUAAUGAAAAUGCAACGUAAAAAUUAUAGUAAUCUUAA